UUGUGCUCAAAAGCCUUCCAAACCUCGCACUGGUUGGGUGUCCUCAGCAGCAAGCAGCAAAAAGCAAAAGCAGCAGCAGCAGCAGCAACACAAACAGCAACUUAACGUAAAUUGUGCAAAAAUUACUUAACUGUAAAGUGUAAAGUGCAAUAAUUGUCCAAAGCAUCCACCAUGGCAUUCCGCGUCGCCGGACUUUUCCUUAAGAAGGAGCUAGUUGCUCCCACCAUCCGCACAUUUCGCACUUCGUUGGCCGCUCCAGCGCAAUUCCUGAACAACUCGCCCAAUACGGCCUUGGACAAGAGUAUAUUGCAACGGUAUCGCAAUUUGGAGACUCCAGCCAAUCGAGUUCAGGCCACUUACCUAUGGAUUGACGGCACUGGUGAGAAUAUUCGUCUAAAGGAUCGUGUCCUGGACAAAGUGCCCAGCUCUGUUGAGGAUCUGCCCGAUUGGCAAUACGACGGCAGCUCAACGUACCAGGCUCACGGAGAGAACUCCGAUACGACUCUUAAGCCCCGUGCCCUCUACCGUGAUCCCUUCAAGCCGGGCAAGAACGAUGUCAUUGUCCUCUGCGAUACCUACAGUGCCGAUGGCAAGCCCACGCCCUCGAACAAGCGUGCCGCCUUCCAGGAGGCCUUCGAUCAAAUUGGCAACCAGGAGCCAUGGUUCGGCAUUGAACAGGAAUACACUCUGCUCGAUGUCGAUGGCCGUCCCUUCGGCUGGCCCGACAAUGGUUUCCCCGCCCCCCAAGGACCCUACUACUGCGGCGUGGGAGCCGAUCGUGUGUAUGCCCGCGAUCUGGUGGAGGCUCAUGCCAUUGCCUGCCUCUAUGCUGGCAUCGAUUUCGCCGGCACCAAUGCCGAGGUGAUGCCCGCCCAAUGGGAAUACCAGGUAGGACCCAGCAACGGUCUGAAGGCCAGCGAUGAUCUCUGGGUAUCGCGUUAUAUCCUGCAACGCAUUGCCGAGGAAUACGGAGUGGUAGUUACCUUCGAUCCCAAGCCCAUGGAGGGCCAAUGGAAUGGUGCCGGAGCCCACACCAACUUCUCCACCAAGGCAAUGCGCGCCGAUGGCGGCAUCAAGGCCAUCGAACAGGCCAUCGAGAAACUGAGCCAUCAUCACCAGCGUCACAUCAAGGCCUACGAUCCCAAGGAGGGCAAGGACAAUGAGCGUCGUUUGGUCGGUCGCCUGGAGACCUCCAGCAUCGACAAGUUCUCAUGGGGUGUGGCCAAUCGGGCGGUCAGUGUGCGAGUUCCGCGAGGCGUGGCCACCGCUGGCAAGGGUUACUUCGAGGAUCGCCGUCCCAGUUCCAAUUGUGAUCCGUACGCCGUCUGUGGCGCCCUUGUGCGCACUUGUCUGCUGAACGAGUAAAUCGCCGGCCAAGGCGAUCGUGGGCGUUGAAAUAUAUUAUUGUAUAUAUACAUGUAUAACUAGUACAUAACGUGGGAGCUUUCUAUAUAAUUUCUUUCAUUUUUUUCCUCAAUUUUUAGCAGACAAUUCCUGCUUGUUCUUAAAAGACACACGAGGAUAGAAGAAAUAUUAACGGGGUAAAGUGAAAGUCAAAUGCGAAAGCGUCAUUUUCUGCCAUGAUUUAAAUAUAAUAAUUUUUAGUUAUAGUCUACAUUUAAUUUCAAUUAAUUUUAAGCCAAAAAUAAGAAUACAAUUCUUUUAUACCUAUUUUGCAUUUCCACAUUUUUUGCUUUUUCUAUUGGGGGACCAUGAGAGCCCAAGAGUUAAUACGUACUUACAUAUAUAUCUCACAACAAAAGUUUAUCAAAAUGAAAAAUUAUAUUCAUUAUUAUUAUAAUUAGAAUUGUUGUUUAUAGUAUUCACUGUUAAUCUAGAGCAUUGUUGAACACAUUUUGAAUCAAAAA